AUGGCAACCCUCGGAGGCUACCUGAACAAAAAGGUUCUCAUUGUUACGGCCGACUCGAGAAUCUUAGUCGGCACCCUGGCAGCCGCCGACCAGUCCACAAACCUCGUCCUUAGCAAUGCCCAAGAGCGAGUAAUCCAGACCCCCGAGAGCGGCGAGCCCUCCGUCGAAGUGCCCCUCGGCCUAUACCUCGUCCGCGGCGACAACGUCUGCACCGUCGGUCUGGUGGACGAGCAACUAGACGAUAGCAUCAACUGGACCGAGGUCAAGGGAUCCGCCAUUGGAGGAACGAAACACAUAUAA